AAAUAGCGACGGCUGCUGAGGUGAAAAGGGGGAAACCGAGGAGUGCGUGUAAAUUAACGUAUUCAAAUCAGACGAGAGGGACGGAAGAAAGAAGUGAAGCUCACAUCCGAUCUAAUGGAGGAAGAGAAGAGCGAACAGAUGAAACCUCUCCUCACUACAGGCAAUGAUGAUGAAGCUGUAGUAGACUUGGGGAAGACGAGCUCCACCACCCACACUAACUUUGAGAAGGAGGAGCUUGAAAGUCACAGAGCUGUGUAUGUCGGCGUCCACGUCCCUCUGGGGCGUCAAAGCAGGAGACGGCAUCGACAUCGAGGACACAGACACCGCAAACGGAGAGACCGAGGCUCUGAGCGGGAAGAUGGACAAGAGUCCCCCACAUACGACACUCCCUCUCAGCGUGUUCAGUUUAUUCUGGGUACAGAGGAUGAUGAUGAAGAACACAUUCCCCAUGACCUGUUCACUGAGCUGGACGAGCUGCACUUUCUCGAUGGAGAGAUGUACGAGUGGAAGGAGAUGGCAAGGUGGCUGAAGUUUGAGGAGGAUGUAGAGGAUGGAGGUGAGAGAUGGAGUAAGCCGUAUGUAGCCACUCUCUCGCUCCACAGCCUGUUUGAGCUCCGCAGCUGCAUCAUGAACGGCACGGUGCUGCUGGACAUGAGAGCUAACACCAUCGAGGAGAUUGCAGACAUGUUCAUCGACAGCAUGGUGGCAUCGAAGCAGUUGGACGAGUCUCUGAAGGAGAAGGUUCGAGAGGCCAUGCUGAAGCGUCACCAUCACCAGAGCGAAAAGAAGUUGAGCAACCGCAUCCCACUUGUGCGCUCUUUCGCUGAUAUAGGGGAGGGGUUCUUUGCCUCCCGCCUGUCACUUAGGAGACUCUCCUCCCUCCCUCAGUCAUGCCGGGCAUCCCGAGACUCUCGUGGCUCCUCCAUGCACAACAUCUUGCAGCCACAGUCAAGCUCCGCCCCUUCUGGGAACACCACACACCAGGCCACACCCCCUUCAAACUGUCUCUCCUCCUCUCAGGUGCCUGAGCUGUUUGUGUGCAGUGGAGAGACAGACGACAUCCCACAGGUAGUGGUGUUCCCACCUGAGGAGGAGGAGUCUCAGUUUUGUGACCCUGCCCACUGUGAGGGGGGCGGGGUGGUAGUUGACCCCGCCCAGAACUUCCUGCAUCUGGCCCCGCCUUCAGAAGGUCUCAUGGCGUCUCCACACUCUGCUCCAGGGAAUCUGGAGAACAGUAAACCCAGUGAGAGUCGGAUAAACGGAGGGAGCAGAGAGAACAGCACGGUGGACUUCAGUAAGGUGGAUAUGAACUUCAUGAAGAAGAUUCCUCCUGGUGCCGAGGCGUCUAACGUAUUGGUUGGUGAAGUUGACUUUCUAGAUAGACCAAUCAUCGCCUUCAUCCGUCUCUCACCUGCUGUUCUCCUCACUGGCCUCACCGAGGUCCCAGUCCCCACAAGGUUCCUGUUUUUGUUGCUCGGGCCAUUUGGUAAAGGUUCUCAGUACCACGAGAUUGGCCGCUCCAUUGCUACACUGAUGACUGAUGAGAUUUUUCAUGACGUUGCAUAUAAGGCUAAAGACAGGAACGACCUGCUGUCUGGAAUCGAUGAGUUUCUGGAUCAGGUGACUGUUCUCCCGCCGGGCGAGUGGGACCCCACCAUCCGCAUAGAACCACCUAAAAAUGUCCCGUCUCAGGAGAAAAGGAAGAUGCCGGUGCCAAAUGGCUCUGCUCCCCUGUCUGAGGUCAUCAAAGAGGAGGAGCCUCACACAGGACCAGAACUGAAGAGGACAGGACGUAUAUUUGGUGGCCUGGUGUUGGAUGUGAAGAGGAAAGCUCCGUUUUAUUGGAGCGAUAUCCGUGAUGCGUUCAGUCUGCAGUGUUUGGCGUCGGUCUUGUUCCUGUACUGCGCCUGUAUGUCUCCUGUCAUCACAUUCGGUGGCCUGCUGGGUGAAAUUACCAAGAACAACAUUAGUGCUAUUGAGUCCUUAUUUGGAGCGUCUCUGACCGGAGUGGCAUACUCUCUCUUUGCUGGUCAGCCUCUCACGAUCCUGGGCAGCACCGGCCCAGUUCUGGUGUUUGAGAAAAUCCUCUUCAAGUUCUGCAGUGAUUACGGCCUGUCCUACCUCCCUCUGCGCACCAGUAUCGGUUUGUGGACAGCGUUCCUAUGUGUUGUGUUGGUGGCGACAGAUGCAAGUUCUCUGGUGUGUUACAUCACACGCUUCACGGAGGAAGCCUUUGCUGCACUCAUCUGCAUCAUCUUCAUCUAUGAGGCACUGGAGAAGCUCUUCCACCUGGGGGAUAUGUUCCCCAUCAACAUGCACAAUGAUCUGGACAACCUCACCUUCUACAGAUGUCAGUGUUCUCCACCCGUGAAUGCUACACCCGAGCUCACAAACCUAUGGAAUCAGAGCAGUUUCAUACCCGACACCAUCAACUGGAGUGAGCUGGAUGUGACCACGUGUAAAAAGCUACAGGGCGUGUUUGUGGGCCCGGCGUGCAGUGAUCAUGGCCCCUUCAUCCCUGACGUCUUGUUCUGGUCCAUCAUCCUCUUCUUCACCACCUUCUUCCUCUCUGCCUUCCUCAAACAGUUCAGGACCAAACGCUACUUUCCCACCAGGGUUCGCUCUACAAUCAGUGAUUUUGCGGUGUUUCUCACCAUCCUGUUCAUGGUGCUGCUGGAUUACCUGGUGGGGAUUCCUUCACCCAAACUCAAUGUGCCUGACACCUUUGAGCCCACCUCUAAAGGUCGUGGUUGGUGGAUGACACCAUUGGGUUCAAAUCCUUGGUGGACAAUGUUAGCGGCGGUGAUUCCUGCUCUGCUUUGUACCAUCCUCAUCUUCAUGGAUCAGCAGAUCACUGCCGUCAUCAUCAACCGCAAAGAGCACAAGCUCAAGAAAGGCUGUGGGUAUCACCUGGACCUGCUGGUGGUGGCUGUGAUGUUGGGUGUGUGCUCUCUGAUGGGGUUGCCCUGGUUUGUAGCUGCCACCGUUCUCUCCAUCUCACAUGUGAACUCCCUGAAGGUGGAGUCUCAGUGCUCAGCUCCCGGGGAACAGCCCAAAUUCCUGGGAAUCAGAGAACAGAGAGUCACUGGCUUCAUGAUCUUCAUCCUCAUGGGCUUAUCAGUUUUCAUGACCUCUGUGCUCAAGUUUAUUCCCAUGCCAGUGCUGUAUGGAGUUUUCCUCUACAUGGGCGCGUCGUCCCUUAAAGGCAUUCAGUUCUUUGACCGUAUUAAGCUGUUUGGGAUGCCUGCUAAGCACCAGCCUGAUCUCAUCUACCUGCGCUACGUUCCUCUGUGGAAGGUCCACGUGUUCACCUUUGUACAGCUCACCUGCCUCGUGCUGCUCUGGAUCAUCAAAGCCUCAGCUGCCGCCGUGGUCUUCCCCAUGAUGGUCUUGGCUUUGGUGUUUGUGCGGAAGCUUCUAGAUUUCUGCUUUACAAAGCGAGAGCUCAGCUGGCUGGAUGACUUGAUGCCAGAGAGCAAGAAGAAAAAGGAGGAUGACAAGAAGCUCGCUGAAGAGCAGGAGGCAGAGCGAAUGCUGGAGGUUCAGGGAGUGAUUGAUUACGACGACCUGCUCAGCAUCAAAGCCCUAAAAGUCAGCACUGACCCAUCUGUGGUUAACAUUACUGAUGAAAUGGCCAAAACCAGUAUGUGGAAAGCUGUGAACUCCGACACCUCCAAAGGGCCCAAAUAUAGGGAAAGUGAUAAAAGUCCUAGCAUUAAAAUCACAGUGGACGACUCAGAUGUGGGGACGUUUGUGGACACAGAGACAUCGCUAUGACAACGGAAAGAGCAGAGAGAGAUGAGUUUCUCACAACAAAGGCCAAAUGAGUUCAGGAGGAAACCUGCUGCUCUGUUUUAUCGUCACACACACACACACACACACACACACACACACACACACACACACAGUACUGUGGUUAAAUCUAAGCUGUGUGUAGUGAUUAUCAUUUACUGAGGUACGUUAUCACAGUCAAGAGCUCUACAGUCACCACUUCAGUUUUUAUUAUUAUUUAUUUGAACGUUUAGUGUUAAGUGUGAGACGUCCUGCUGUGGGUUUAGAGGUGAGUCUCUCAAUCCUCUGGUGAUUUGGGCUACACGCUUUUACACGCUUAAACUGGUGGCUAUAGGCUCCCAUUGUGUGUUAGUGUUUAGCAUGUUAGCUCCAUUACAUCACAGUGAACACGGCUCCACUGACACGCUGUGUUCAGGAGAUUCGGCUUUAUUUCCCUUUUUAAAUCUUUUUAUUUUUCCCUUUUAUUUUUGCUUGUGUUUUUGAGACUGUUAAAUAGUAUAAAGCUAUUUAUACUAAAGGUGUGUGUGCGUGUGUGUGCGUGUGUGUGCGUGUGUGUGCGUGUGUGUGUGUGUGUGUGUGUGUACGUGUGUGUGUACUCCAUUCUGAGUGUUUUCUGACUCUUCAUUCUCUGUUUAUCAUGUCUGUCAUUCUCUCAGUCCUGUUUACAUAAAAUUACACUUAUUCAUGUGUCAGUCUUACGUGUGUGUGUGUGUGUGUGUGUGUGUGCUCUGUUGUUCCUGCGCUUUACCUUCUCACGUCGUUCCUGUGCAGGACCGUGUUAGUGCUGACAUGAGAAUGUUGUCUGUUCCAGCUCGCUGUUUAUUCUGUGUUCUGUAUUAAACUGGACUCCUUUGUGCCGCACAGGACAGUCACCUGAACGCUGCAGUUACACCAGAGUCUCAUUGCUUUCUUUCUUUUUUUAAGCUUUUUUUUCUAAGACACAUUGUGCCUGUUAUGUUAUAUAUAUAUAAGAAACCCAAAAUAAUAAGUCCUGAUAUUUUGUAGUUUUUAUAUUCAUAUUUUUAGGCUGCUCAGCUUGAACCUGUUCAUUAAGUUAUUAGAUGUUAUUAGUGAAGUAUUUAAAGUUUUAUUUUAGCUUACAAUCAGAUUUAAUUUGAGACGAUUCCUGAUUAUUCCCCUGAUGAUCUUUUUUCAGCCGUUUGUUUGACGGCGCUCACGUCUUCCUUCAGAACAAGUAUUUUUGUUACAGUGCUGCAUGUUUUCUGGUUCUCUGUAAAGCUGCUCCUCACGUCACACUUUUAUAGCCAUCAGCAGACUGUUUAUAAAACUGUACAGUAAAAUUGUAUUAUUCAUCCUGAAGAGUUGUUUUUUUUGUACAAACUCUAAAAAUAAAUUGUUCAGUAAAAGCAGUAA